UCUGCCUCUGUCUCUGACACACUCAAACACACGCACACAUAUAUACACACCCUCCACCCCCAUCGCUGCAGUGUCUCAACUGCCUUGGAGCAAACAGAGGAUAUAGAACACAGACGCUAAUAAGACAAGAGAAAGAGGGGAGCUGAAACACACACACACACAGAGACAGAGGUGUGAGUGUGUGUGGUGUGUGACCCUGUGAACAUGAAGGAAGAUAUGAAGAUGGAGCAGCAGGAUUAAAGGUGGAUUGCACACAGCCUUUCUCUCCCUGCAAGGGCUUGUCUGCAGUAUCCUUUGUAAAUGGAUGCUGGCUUGUGAACACGACUCAGAAGCCACCAGUUGUCUGGGAGAUAUCUCACUGCAGAAGAAGCAGAAAAGAUUUCAUAAGGAAGAUCAAAUCAAACAGGCUAAAUAUCCAGCUGAGGUGGAUGGUUGCAGAAGCCAAACAAGGGCAACACACCACUAGAGCCAUGUGGGAGGAGAGCGAGGAGGGUUUGCUAUUCACACGCAUCAAGCCCAAACUGUUUCUCUACUGACGUACUCCAGAGCUUUUCCUCAGGGGGAGCCCCUGCUAUGAACCCCAGCUCCAUUGGCUUCAGCAGGCAGUCCAACCUCAGUGCCAGGCGCUGUGUGGGCAUCCCACAAGUCUGGGUUCUGCCCACACAGAACUCACAGACUGCCCCUGAACAAAAAGAAUGAAAUACUCCUGAGUCACUUCUCUGUGAGGUGGCUUUCCAGUCCAGUGUUAAAUUGGCCUCUCGUGAAGUUUUGUCCGCCUCCCGCCCUGCGAGCUCGUACUCACAAAACCCCUCUCCAACGCUUCCACCAGCUCCAUUUAAGUCCCCACUUCAUUAUAAAUUGCUCUCCCAUCAAGCAGCAGCACGAGUUCCUUUGCGCUUACCACGUGGUGGAGGACCAUGGGAUGCCGUCAGAGCUCGGAGGAGAAGGAAGCAGCGCGGCGCUCACGGCGAAUCGACCGCCACCUGCGCUCAGAGAGUCAGCGGCAGCGGCGUGAGAUCAAGCUAUUGUUGUUGGGCACCAGCAACUCUGGCAAGAGCACCAUCGUCAAGCAGAUGAAAAUCAUCCACAGUGGAGGCUUCAACCUCGAAGCCUGCAAGGAGUACAAGCCUCUCAUCCUGUACAAUGCCAUCGACUCUCUCACCCGAAUCAUCCGUGCCCUCACCACCCUAAAGAUUGACUUUCACAAUCCUGACCGCGCCUACGAUGCCGUGCAGCUCUUUGCCCUCACAGGCCCUGCUGAGAGUAAGGGGGAGAUCACUCCAGAGUUGCUGGGAGUAAUGAAACGUCUGUGGGCAGACUCAGGGGUCCAGGAGUGCUUUCAACGAUCCAAUGAAUACCACUUAGAGGACAACACUGCCUACUAUCUGAAUGACCUGGACCGCAUCUCUGCACCUGAGUACAUCCCUACUGUAGAGGACAUUCUCCGAUCCCGUGACAUGACCACCGGCAUUGUGGAGAACAAGUUCACCUUCAAGGAGCUCACCUUCAAGAUGGUAGAUGUGGGUGGACAGCGUUCAGAGAGGAAGAAGUGGAUUCAUUGUUUCGAGGGCGUGACUGCAAUCAUUUUCUGUGUUGAGCUAAGUGGCUACGACCUCAAACUCUACGAGGACAACCAGACGAGCCGCAUGGCUGAGAGCUUGCGUCUGUUCGACUCCAUCUGCAACAACAACUGGUUCACCAACACGUCGCUCAUCCUCUUCCUCAACAAGAAGGACCUGUUGGCCGAGAAGAUAAAACGCAUUCCCCUGACAGUGUGCUUCCCCGACUACAAAGGUCAGAACACCUACGAGGAGGCGGCCGUCUACGUGCAGCGGCAGUUCGAGGACCUCAACCGCAACAAGGAGACCAAGGAGAUCUAUUCGCACUUCACCUGUGCCACUGACACCAGCAACAUCCAGUUUGUGUUCGACGCUGUCACGGACGUGAUCAUCCAGAACAAUCUGAAGUACAUUGGGCUAUGCUAGGGCCUGACGCUGGCUGGGAGCGGGUGGGGUGGUGGGUGGUGGGCUAGGGGUUGAAGCGGGGCCACUUGGAAGCGGUCGGCCCGCCAUUGGGCUGGAUAAACAAAGGCACGUCAGUCUGCCUGGCGGUUUAUCUCUGUGAAGAGGUGCAGCAGAGAACUGGAAAGCAGAUGAGGUGGUCAGAUGGUCAGGGACGGACGAUACUGUAGAUCCAACUGUUUCUGUGGAAGCAGCACCGCUGAUGGUGAAGAUGGGAUUUUUAACCCUAUGUGUUUGCACUGAAUAUGAGUAUGCAGAGACACCCAAACACACACACACACACACACACACACACACACACACACACACACACACACACACACACACACACACACACACACACACACACACACACACACACACACACUGAUCCUUAUUGUUUGUUCACACACAAGAUCUUUGGAUCAGUCAAGCACUUGUUUGACGAGGCGACACUGGAAAUUUUAGACAGCUACCCCAACCUGCCUGCCAAACCUGAGACUGAGUAAUAGGUCUGUGCUGGCGGUUUUCAGUUACUUUUGUCUUCUUUCUUUUAUUUGCCUGAGUCAAUUAAUGCUGCUUUAUAAAAAAAGAAAAAAAAAAGAUAAUUUUGACAGAAUCAAUGUUCUCUUUUUGGAUUUUCACCCAAACAUUAGUAAACAGUGAGUGCACCUGAUGAGAGCCUGUAUUCCUGUGGGGGGAGUCAUUAGACAUGAUGUCACUGGGUUUCUGCCUAACAGAGGAAACUGCCACAGUCUAAAGUUGAAGUGAAAUAUGUUUUCUACACACUUAUUUCUGUUCUGUCCCCCGGUCGACCCUCUAAUGUUGUCCCUCUUUCUUUAAUCUUUUUGUGCUUUAAAAAAAAAAAAAGAAUAUGUCUCUGAAGCCUGCCUUUUCCAGCAGGACACUGACUUAUAAUACCAGGAGUAUGUUACACUCGGCAGAGUCAAAAGUAUUUAUGAUCAUUCCAGUUUCCAGCAAGAGACAACAAAAACAGUGCCAAGAUCAGUCUGUAAAUAAAUCCAGAUCCCAUCCAUUAUGUUAAUUUCACUUAAUUUUAUUUAGUUUUUUCUUUUGUUGUUUUAUUUUUAUGGACGAACACAUUAAAACAUGCAUGAUUUUGUUACUUUGGGAUACUAAUAUGUUUUCUUUGGGUUUCUCUUUUCCUAGGUUUUAAAUAAUAUAUUCCCAAAAAUAUAUAUAUAAAAGUCAAACACUGUGUACGAUUGUACAGUUGUCAGAGAGGAAUCUAUUGAAAAGAGUUUUAUCAAUAUAAUAAUGGUGAUCAUAAUUUUAUGAUGAUGAUGAUGAUGAUGAAAAAAGAUGACAGUGAUGAUGAUGAAGACGAAUCGGUGAUGAUCGUGAUGAUUACGAUGCUAACAAGGAAAAACCUCACAACAGAGUUAGCAUGAGAGGAGAAAGUGGAUCAAAGGAGAACAAGACUGUAGAAGAAAAACAAAGAAACAAACCUUGAAAGUUCAAUCUUCCUUGCAUUAUCUAAGUGGAAAUUGUUAAACAGUCAGUCAGUAUGAUGUGUAAAUAUACUGUAAGGUACACUGUUUGUUCAAACAAAUGAAAAUAAAGGUUGAGUUGGGAUACUGCGAGUGAGAUAAAGAGAGAGUGAGAGAUAGAGGAGGAAAAAAAAAUCCCACUCCGCUCCUCCUCUUACCCUUUCUUUUCAGUUCAGAGAACAACUCAGCCAAGGGCUUCAGGCUUGACUUUAUGGGAUGUCCACUUCAGCAAAAGACAAAACAAUGAAAAAGGAGAAAAAAAAAGAAAUAUAAAAAGGACAAUAACUAUGAAUAAAACAACUUAUGCAAAUUUU